AUGUCCGGCAGCCUUAGAAGGGGGAGGGGGGCCAGUGGUGGUGGCGGGUUGAGGGCGGCGAGCGAGGCGGCAGGGGUGCCACCGAGCCGGCGGUUGGAGUGGGAGACAACCGGUUGGGAAGAGCUCGCGGCGGAGGCGAGGGUCUCGUGCCUACCUCCUCCGACUGAGUUUAGUGGAGGCGGGGUGGUGGGGUGGUGGUGGACAGGGCGGCAGGCGGCGAGGGUGCCGCUGGCCGAGGCGGUGGGCGAGGAAGGCGGGGGUGGGUGGGCAGGGCCUAGGAAGAUGACGAGCUUCUUGGAUACAUUAUAUUUAGGACUAAGCAUUGGUGUACAUGAGUACAUCACACCUGGUGCUGUGAUCAUUCUAGGUUCUGUGCAUGCCCGCACCGAUCUUUGGACUCCAGGGCUUAACUUCACCUUGAAUACACUGACACUACGUGAAGUCGCCACGGAAGGGGUCUCGAAGCGAGGUGCGAAGACCCACCUGCCGUCUCUGAUGGGCUUUGCCAGCCGGGUAUCCGUGCUGUUCUUCAUCCUGGUCACCGGCGCUGUAGCAAAUGACCAGAUCUUCACCACUUCAGGUGUGACAUUUGGGCGGAGUUCACGUGAGCCAAGGUACCGCGUCGAAUUCCAUCCUGUUGAUUCGCCAUUCCUUCCAGAGAAUGGUCUGGAAUCGGUACCAAUGGCUAAUCAUGAGGGGAAACGUUAUAAGUGCUUUCUACCAGUUGAAGAAACUAAAACCAUGAAGUCAAUGCUCCCACAAAAUGCAACUAAUGUUAUAAUAGAAAGUGAAAGGAGAAUUAGGCCCAAGGAGCCAGAUGAGUUACUUGAGGUUCUCAAGGAUCAGUGUUUCUACAGGCAUGAAGGUUGGUGGUCAUAUGAGUUCUGUUAUCAUGGGAAAAUCAGACAGGUCCAUGUAGAUGACGAGAAGGUUAUCCAAGAAUUUGUUCUAGGAGAAUUCGAUGAUGACGCAACUGCUGCAUACCACGAAAAUAGCACCUCUGAGUUAGCUGACGAUGACCAUCACGUGAAAGAUAUAUCUAAGAGGUAUCAUGUUCACUUGUAUACAAAUGGGACUGUAUGUGAUCUCACAGAUAUUCCCCGGGAGACAGAGGUUAGAUUUGUCUGCUCGGAGCCUACUGUACUGAUUAGUUCAAUCAAGGAAAUCUCUUCAUGCAAAUAUGUUGUAACAAUUCAAAGUCCGAUGCUUUGCAAAAACCCGUUGUUCCAGCAAGAAAAACGAACCCUCUCCAUCCACUGCAAUGAGUUGUCUGCUAAAGCAGAAUCCAGUGGGGAGGAUGACUCGCUUCCAAAAGAAGCGCAGAUUUCCAUCAUCCCCGAUCAGGAUGAGCUACAUGAUUUUCCAGCUUACGCUACUUGA